AUGUACACUGAUUCAAUAUAUGGAACAGCUCCAUUGAUUGCCAGCUACCUGAAGAAUCACAGCUUCAAGGGGUCAGUGUACAUCAUUGGUAGCUCUGGAAUAUCAACUGAGUUGACUGCAGUUGGGAUCAGCAGCAUGGGUGUUGGACCAGAUCCUAUACCAUCAAAUGAGUUUCUGGAACAAGUUGCUGGGCUGGAAUUUGAUCCUGAUGUGAAGGCUGUUGUGGUGGGAUUUGACCCAUAUUUUGAUUAUGCAAAACUUCUCAGAGCUGCAAGUUAUUUGCAAAGUCCUGAUGUGCUCUUCAUUGCCAGCAAUAGUGAUGAGCGCUUUCCUAUGAGUACUUCGCCAAUUGUAGUUCCUGGUACAGGAUCAAUUCUGGCAUCUGUCAAAGUGGCAUCUGCAAGGGAACCUAUUAUCCUUGGGAAACCAACAACUCACAUAUUUGAAGCCAUCCAACAUGAUCAUAAUAUUGAUCCAAAGCGAACGUUAAUGAUAGGAGACAAUGUGAAGACAGAUAUUCUAAUGGGAAAAAAUUGUGGUUUAGCCACAAUGCUUGUUCUCACUGGUGUAACAACAGAACAGGAACUCCAUGACUUUGAGAACUCUUCCAAUCCUACAGAGCAAUACUUGGUUCCAGAUUACUACAUGCCUUCCAUAGGUGAUCUGAUGCCCCUGCUUCAAAAAUCUGUGAAUUCAUGA